UUUUCUUGAAGCAGUGUAUAAAGAGAAGUGACAGGGUCAUACUCACCUUAAGGGAGCACAUUCAGCUCUUUGAUUACAGAGGAGGAAGAAAAAAUGGAUGAGCAUUCCAACACAGCUGAGAGGAAGUCAGCAGAAGCUUUGAGCCCAGAAAAUGAAACCAAACCUGUGAAGCAGGAGAACGAGAUGAAGACAAACGAAGGGAAGACCGAUGACAUCGAGGUCCAGGUGAAUGAGGUCAACGAAGGCAAGGCCAGUGAGAUGCCAUCCUGUGACUCUCCGAUAAAAGAUAUGAAUGCUGAAGUUCAGGAUGAGAAUGAAGGGAAAACCAACCUGCAGACAGCGGAGAAGGAAACAGAGAUCAACAACACUGAGCAGGUGCUCGAAGAGACAGUCGAGCAGCUGGAGAAGACACAAGAUGAACUCCAGAGCAUGACUGAGGAGAUCUGUGAGCUGAAGGACGAGGUGCUCAAAGAGAUAGUCGAGCAGCUGGAGGAGACACAAGCUGAACUCCAGAGCAAGACUGAGGAGAUCUGUGAGCUGAAGGACGAGCUCGAGAAACUUGAGUGGCUGAGAAACGACACCCUUAAAGGAAUGAAUGAGUCACAACGGAAGCUCACCAAGCUUACCCUCGCUAUCAAAAGGAUGGAGAAAUUGGAGGAGUACACAGACUUGGACAAGCUCCAAUCACUUUGUUCUGAGAAUACGUCACUGAAGAAAGACCUGCAGACACGGAAGAAAGAGCUUCAGGACAGCAAAAAAGAGUUGAAAGACAAAAGUGAUGAAAUCGUGGAGCUCCAUGCUGAGAAAAACAGGAGGAAAGAAAACGAGGAGAACCUGCAGACCAUGAAGCUGAGGCUUGAGGACAAGAAUAAAGAGGUGAAUGAGGAACUAGCUAAAGUCAAACUUCAGCUCAGGGAUGAGCGUCAGAGGAGGACGGAUGCUGAGAUAAACAUGCAGACGCUGAAGAAGGAGCUGGGAGCCAACGAUGAAAAGAUAAAAGAAAAAGAGGAUGAAAUCCUGGAGCUCCGUGCUGAGAAGAACAGAAGAGAAGGAGAUGAGAAGGAGCUGCAGACGAUAAAGAGGAAACUCCAGACCAACAAUGAAGAGCUGACCGAGGAAGUCUCUAAAAUAAAGCAGCAGCUUAAUAAUGAGAAGCAGAGGAGGAUGGACACAGAAAUGACUCUGCAGUCCCUGAAAACAAAGCUGGAGGCCAACAGCAAAGAGAUAAAAGAAAAAGAGGGUGAAGUCCUGGAGCUCCGUGCUGAGAAGAACAGACGAGAAGGAGAUGAGAAGGAGCUGCAGACCACACAGAGGAAGCUCCAGGCCAAGAAUGAAGAGCUGCAAGAGGAAGCAGCUAAAGUACAGCAGCAGCUUCAGACAGAGAAGCAGAGGAGACAGGAAGCUGAGACGAGCCUGCAGCAGCUGAAGAAGAAGCUGGAGACCAAAGACACAAAGUUUGAAGAUGAAGUAACUGAAGUCCAGCAGCAGCUGACGGAUGAAGAGCAGAGCGAGGAGGAAUCUGAUCAAGAAGAGGAGUUCAAGCAGGAGCUGGAAAACCUAGUUGGAAAAAUAGGUAAAGGCAGCAGCUGAGGAAGCUGUGAAAGAAUCACAGACCUCUGGAGAAGAAACUGAAUGAAGGACUGAACGCUGUUUACAGCACAGAGUCGCAGGAUAAUGUCACAGCCACACAGUUUACUCUGAGUGUUUUACUCAAAACAGCGAGCUUCAUAAAUCUAAUAAAGUGUAUGUAUUUAUUUUAUA